GGGUUUGAAUUGAAAUUUUUCUUUGCUCUGGGAUUGAUACUGCGAUAGGCAAUUGCGGACGCGAACUCCAUGUUUCUCUAGCCACGGGAGUGCCAACGAGAUUUUCUUUCGGAGAGCGAGCAUUCAGUAUCGACCUUGCGCUUCGUGCGUGCUGCUUUGAGAUUGAUUCUUAUCCGCCGGGCACAGUAUAAGAUGACCGAGCACUAUGCUUGUGCAGCUAGGUUCAUUCCACAGCACAGACAGACAUGGCUACUCACUCAGACUCGUUAUGCGCGCACACUCUACCCCACUUCCUAACCGGCUGCCUGGUAUGCCGGCUUCGGAGUAAGAAGUGUAGUGGGUCUGAUGGUGGAACCUGUCUUGAAUGCCUCAAUUUACGCAUUGAGUGCGUAAGGAGAUACAACCCUGUACCGUCUUGGAUGGAGUGCUCAGCCGAUGGGCAGGCCUGUCUUCAAGAGAUAAGGGCUGCAAUUAGCACUAGACGUCGUCGUAGACACGUCGCUGCUUUGCCCAUAACCAGAGCAUUCGCGACUCAAGUCAUGACUUCAUCCACGCCCCCAGGCGUUGCGUCCUUUUCUGAGUCUUCCUCCGAGCCGCCCCACACUCCUUUAACACCUGUCAACCCUGACGAAGAUCUGAACUACAUUUUGCAAUCUGGCAACGGAUCUGGAAUCCUGCCAGAUUUAUCCAAACAACCUAUGGCGUCAAGCAAUAGCUUAAAUCCGAAUUUUUUCGUUCCUUUCGAUCUCUAUGACCCGUCGCAGUCCUCUCUCUAUGGUAGCGCCAGUACAUCUUCCUCGAAUGCAUCGUGGUUUACCAAAGGGGAUCCAACCGAGCCUUCAGAUGUCGUAGUUUUCCCUUACACAGGCACCCCCAGCGUUUCUGGUUCGACGGACUUUCAAGCACCGAUUGCUGGCAUUCCACUAGCACAGCCUCUGUUUCCACCUCCCCCUUUCAUGCCUUCAGGUCCCACUGAAGUUAUGCCGUCCAUCGAAAUUUUGGGGGUUUAUUUGAGAAGCAUCGGGUAUGAUAUCGUACCGCUCAAUCACUGACAGGCAUUGCAACAGAUAGCAAGGACCAAUAUGUCCUGUAUUGUCUGAUGCAUUGCCGCGCUUGUCUGUUCAUGGUGGCCUUGCAACUGAGCGGGCACGGUGUCCCCAAGCUUACACGGACCCAUGUUAUGUAUGAUAAUCUCCGAACCCCCCCAUCAUGCUCUUCUGACCCAAGUACCCAAUUCCCUUACUGUAUCCCUCCAUAUUGUACAUAAACGACUAUCGUACCUAAGAUAUGACUUAAUCUGAGUUCUUUCGUGCCAGUACUACAUCAUGAUGGAAAGUUGGUCAGCAGGCUCCGGGAUCGCCAUUUUCGUCAGUGUUUGAUCGAAAGCAGCAACCCCCUCCCGCUUUCUUUGGGAGGGGAUGUCUUUUCUCAUCCCUCAAUCUCAGCUUUUUCUGGACAAGGAAACUUCAGGAAGGGCAAAUCUGUGAGUCUAUUUAAAGCGG